CAAGAUUGGUAUUGGUUUUUUGAGGAAAUAUCAUUUUUAUCGGUGAUAUUUGUGUUCGGGAAACAAAACUCUUAUCAUUAUCACACUAAUAAAGCCAUUACUGAGACUCUCAUUUCGCCCACUAAUAAAGAAGUACUUGCACUUACGAUUUAAAAUUCGUUAACUAAAGGUUUUUCCUGUGAAUUGAAGUGUAUGCAUUAUUGUGGAUAUAUAGAUGAACAUUAUACGUUAUUCUUUCCAUCAUUCAAUGAACAUUACUGAUUCCUGAAUGGACACAAGCAAGACAUAAUCUCCUUCAAUUCAGAAUAUUAAUAACUAAAUACGUAUCCUUAAUGUUGACUUUAUGCCAUAAUUAUUUUCGUGUGACAUCAAAUAACAAAAAUUCUAAAGAUGAUGUUCAGAACUUUAGUAAGAGAAAAUUUGCUUUUGGACUGUUUAUUUUAUUUCUUGUUAGUGUGCUAUGGGUGGUUUCAUCGGAAUUAACAAAGCAUCUUUAUAUAGAAAAGAAACUAGAAAGGCCGUUCUUAGUGACAUAUGUAAGGAGCUCACUGCUAUUUGUGUAUCUACUUGUGUUAUGCUUCACUCCACCUACAAGAGACCCAUGCCAGCCUGCCGACUACACACAACUUAAAGAACCAACAGCAGAAACAGACGAUGAAAACUUUUACACAGAAGCAAACAACAGUUUGGAAACUUCCAGUCAGGGGGGUUACUCAACCCAAGUAGAAGCCCAAACAGCACGCGAUCUGGGUGAUUCUACAUUUAUCCCUGUCCGAGCUGGAGAAACUACAGACAGUGAUGAUGCAGCUCCCAGGGCUGUGCGCUUUAACAAAGUGGCAGAGGUGCGGGUGAUGUCAGCGGCGAUGGCCGGCGAAGCAUUGCUGGCUCGCCUGUCGUGGUCCGCUUCGCUGCGUGCUACGGAAUACGCACAGCGCCGCGCCGCCGCCGCCGCUACACGAAGACAUCUCAAACUUGCACUUGUGUUUUGCAUACCGUGGUUCGUGUCCAACUAUCUAUAUCGGCUGAGCUUGCUACACACGACACCUUGCUCAGCCACUCUGUACACAUCAACCACGGGGGCGUUCGCUCUGUCCAUCGGAGCGAUAUUCGCUCAAGUGCCGCACGACCGAUUCUCGCUCUCGAAAUGUAUUGCCAUCCUGCUCACGACAGCUGGUCUGGUGGUUUUAGGGGUAACCGAAAGUCACCAAAGUAACUGGACGGCAGUUUUGGCAGCUAUAGGAUCUGCCCUUUGCUACGCUGUACAUCUCAUAUUGUUUCGUCAGGAGUUAAGAAAAGGGGACGGCAUAAACUCUUGUUUGCUUGUUGGUGUCGUGGGCUGUGCCUGUAGUUGCCUCGCCUGGGCUUUCGGCGGCCUGUUGGCGCUGGGUGGCAUUGAAAAAGCUGAACUACCCUCGCCGAAACUGUGGAGUUGGCUUUUAUUAGACGGCGCGAUUGGACCGCUUUUAAUUGAAUCUCUUUGGCUGUGGGGUCGAUGGCUGACGUCAUCGCAGACGGCCACGGCGAUGUUGGCACUGACCCUUCCGUUGUGCGCGUGCGCGGAGGCGUGGCGUGGCGCUGGCAGUGCGUGGCGGACUGCCGCUUGCGUGCUGGCGGCAGCGGGCUGGCUCGCUGCCGCUCUGCCAGCUUCCAUGCCAUCGCCCGUCGCCUGGGUCACGACCAAGCUCAGAGCGGCAGACGGAUUUACGGCAAUAAGAAAUAUCUCCGAACUGGACGAGCAAUCGGAAGCACUGAUGUCGUCGGAUGAGCCAACGUAACCCAUACCAAGGACGCGUUUGGCUAUCGCUUCUAGUGUGAAAAGCACGGGGUUUUGUGUGAACACACCUCUUACUCCUAGUCUAUAUUGUGUAUAGCAUUUACGUAACGGCCGAAUACUGUUAAGUUAAUUAAUAGUUAAGGCCAUCUUAAAUAAUAACGGUUUUCUACACGGUUUUUGUGCGGAGAAAAUUCCGUGCGCAAUAAAACUGAGAUCUCCUUUAGUGAUUUAUGAAAUCGAUAGCUUAACUCACUUUCGUGUAUCAAGUACGAAUAGAACAAGCUAGGCGAUCAACAGAUUACGAUUGUUUCAAAAUAAACUAUUUUAAUAAAUAAAAAAACUUUUCCCAACUAUUUUUGUAACGUUACCACAAUCGUCGUAAAUAGAGUAAAGUAAAAAUAUUUCAAAACGUUUAAACUGACGCUUACCGAGACUUUGGGUUUUUAUUCUACGUUUUGGAAACAUACAUUGAAACCAUUAUGGUUUCUAAAUAGGUUUCUUGUGCACAGUGAAUAAAUAUAACAGACUAUACAACAAUCUUAAAACUAUUUCCGGAUAGUUUUUAGUCUAUAGGUUAAAGAAAUCGCAGAAAUAACUAAGACGCUUUUUAACUUUUAAUAUGCUUGUCAGUAUUCGGAGGUAAGGAUAAAAAAUAUAUAGAAAAGAGAACUAAACAUUUCCAUAUCUCUUAUUACUCUUGUACAGUUUUCCUUGUAGCAUUUGGAUGUAUUAUAGACAUAGUCGUAUCUGCUAAGCCCCUGUGGUUUAAGGUAAACCUAUAAAACAAGAUAAAAGUAAUUAUAACCAAUUUAUAAAACUUAUGCUAGUUUUUGUUUCUGUUUUUAUUCUUACUUUAAUAAGAAAUCAAUCAUUUAGCCGUUUCAAGAGUAAAUCAAUUGUUAAAUCUUAUAUCUGAAGUGGAACAGUUUUUAACGUCUUUAAUUUUUUUACGUACACUUAAUGCUUUGUCAAAUUUAGGAUGAUAAUUUUGACAGCUCACAGAAAAGAUUAGGAUUUGUAUAACCGUUAGUGAACCUAUUCCAUUAUCGAUUUUUCUUUUCAUAAAAGUCGUAUUGUCAGAUUUUAAUUUAUGAUACAAAACAUUUCAUUUCUUUUUUGGUUAAAUUAUGACCCAUAUAUGAAUUUUACAUGCUACACGGCUGAAAAUAUUCGUGUGUUAUAGUUUCUAAUGAGUUUAAAACUUAAAUAAUUUGCUAUUUAUGUAACAGUUUAUUUUAACAGAUAAUUGCAAACAAUUUGAAUAUUUACAAAAUGUCUUAAUAUAGUUAGAUAAUUGUGUUAUUUGAAUGUUCGAUUGAUUUUCGAUAGUUGUCGUUGUUCGAUAAUGAAGUACGACAUUAUAUUAUGAUUAUCUGUAUUAUAUUUUACCGGAAAAAUUACGAAACUUGACGGGCGUGCACCUGCCAAGAUUAUCAUCCUAAAUUAGAGAAAGCAUAGUACAGGUCGCAAUAGCUUACUUGGCCGACUUAAGGUUAGGUCUCCGAGAUGUUCGUGUACGUAUCAUAUUAUACAACUACACAAUUGAGCAUAAAGUGUGUCUACUCUUACUACGAUACUCAUUGAAAGUACCGGCGCGCAAGUAAAGCCAAGCUGGUCUGUAGCUGGUGGUGUUUCCCGCAGCCAAAUGGAUUAUAUUUGUGCAACCAUUCGUGACUUACAAAAAUAGAUCGCGUGUACUGUAAAAUAGCAGAUUUGAAUUUUUAUUUGCUCUCCAGCAUUCGAAGAUAAGUUGUGCUUUUAAUAAUUAAUAACGUACUUAAACUCCUUUGGCUAAUGUAUGUGCAUUAUAUUAUCCAGUAUAACUACUUGAGAUAGUUAUUCUGUGAAGUCACUAUAGGUACAUUAUAUUUCAAAAACUUCUAUGAAAAAAGGGACAGUCAAACAAAUCUGAAGGUAGUUAAGAUCUCAACCGAUUAAAUUUGAAUAUUUAACAUGACCCAGUUCAGAAACUAAUAUAUAAGAUACUUCCAAAACUUGAGCAAUUUUUAAUUUAUCGAGUAGUGACUCGACAAAUUCAAAAUUCACGGAAGCUGCUUAAUAAUAAGUACUGAUUCAUGACGUAUUAUUAAGUUCCGGUUCCGUACUAAAUCUGUUGUACGCGAAAUACGCAAAGGGAUCUUUGUAAUACCGAAUCAGUAGCCUAGCUAUCUAAGCUCACUGCAGACGCCUAGCAGGUCAUCCAAGUGGGCAUACACGUCCAGUUGUAAGACUGGGAAAGAUGGAAAUACUGGUACAUUGGACGUCGUUAGUCACGUAUAGGUACGUGAGUUACGUAGAUUAGCCUCCAAUAUCUAUCCCGCCCUAAACUUCGCACAAUUUUACCACAGGGCAAUACGUGUGGAAGACUAGUGUACGUUGCUGUAGUUUUGCUAUAGGUUUUUUUGACUAUCUUUCGUAUACGUAGACGUUAAUUGAAAACUUACACAUGGUUGCGUGUAAACAUACUACCGCCGAACGAGCAGACCAAUCCCUUUUUCAAUGACUAAGUUGCUCCAGAAUCUAACGGCCGAAUCUCGAAACUGUUCAAGAAAUUUUUUAUAAACAAGAAAAACACAUGCGCAGAUCUACUUGAAAUAGAUAAAUUCAGAAUUUUCUUAGUUUAAUCGGAUUACAGAAAAGUCAAAACUUUGCUCAGAGGGCCCUAGUAAUUGAACAUUUGUAUACCAAGUAAACGAUGUCGUAAAGCAAAUAAACCGGUUUAUGCCGACAUUUAAAAUAUACGUGAUGCUCAGGACACCAUUAGAGCUCCUGCUUCAAUGAUAUUUGGCGGUAAUUUCACUUUUCUUCUGCAAAUCGCAGUUAGUGCGGUAAAUUACUAAAAAGAACCUGAAAUUUCACUUUACUCAUUAAUGGAACGAAAUCUAUUUAAUAAAACAAAACAGACACCAUAACGGAAAUGAUUCUGAUAAGGCUUCAGACCGAAACCGGUUUGAAUUUUUUCCGGUUCCUGUUGUAGACUUAGCAAACGGUUUGGAGGGUGACAAUCUGGUAUACGUGGUAAAUGUUAAU